UUUGCUGACGUCAAUAAGAACGAACCGGCCGGGGGAGAGAGUAUAAAACCAUUUCUCUGCUCUCAAUCCGGUAUCAGUUUGCAAUCGAUCCUCCCGGGGACAGCACAAGAAUCGAAGCCCAAGCUUGCAGCACGAAAUCAUAAUUCUAUUCAUUAUGUUGAAGUUUGCCUGUUUCCUUGCCCUGGUGGCGUUGGCCUGUGCCGCCCAACAGCUCAACCCUGGCUCCCGACAACCUGCACCGUUCCGACUGGUUCGCAAUGUCCGUAAUGUGGACAGUGUUCAAGCGACAAAGGUAACGGAUGCCGCUAACGCACCUGAGGCGACGGCGAUCGAUGGCGAAGCGAAGGACGAUAUGGAUAAGGCUGAAACGUUCGGGUUCGGCUACCAUCACCACUACUAUCCUUCCUAUGGCUACGGAUAUGGAGGUUAUGGAGGUUAUGGAGGAUACGGCUACGGAGGAUAUGGUGGCUACGGAUACGGUGGCUAUCCUGCGUACGGUGGCUAUGGAUACGGAGGAUAUGGCGGUUACGGCUAUCCGUACAGCUCCGGCUACGGCUAUGUGUACUAAGAUCGACGCUUCGAUUGCUCAACGUUUGCGGAACGAUCGCAAGCAAUUCGUUCACUGUACCUGGUCAUUACUUAAAAUCGUUCAUGAGUAUAAGUAAAUUUACAUGCAAAUACGAACACCUCAAAUCUA